AGCUCUGCUUUUUCCCUCUUCGCCUACUAAAGAGCAAGCUAUCUAGUACCAUGAUAAAGCUUCAAACUAUAUAGAUUUACACAAAGGAAAUCUAGAAAUCCAGCUAAAUCUUUUAGCGUCAAUGCUUGUUCCAUCACUUGAUUUUCGAUGCUUUUCCCUCAGAAAACACAGUCCUUUCAUUAAAUUCCCUAGGAGGUCUCUUUUAGCCUCAUUUCAGUUGGUUUCUUGCUUUACUACCCUCAUUGCUACAAAUGAGAUAAACCCCAUUUUCUAUCCACCUUUAAAAGUCACACCUUUCAAAGAAAAGAUAAAGCUUGAUAGAACUAAAAGGUUAAAACUUUACUCUAAGAUUCUACAUGAUUGUGCUUCAAAGGGGUCUUUGCGUUUAGCCAAAGUUGUUCAUGGGAAGAUAAUAAAAAAUGGGCUUGACCCAGAUUUGCAUUUAUGGAACUCUUUGGUGAAUGUUUACGCAAAAUGUGGGAGCUUUGGAUAUGCUUGUAAAGUGCUUGAUAUAAUGUCUGAAACAGAUGUUGUAUCUUGGACUGCUCUGUUUUCUGGUUUAGUUAAUGAAGGGCAUGGCUCUGCUGUGUUGGGUUUGUAUUGUUUUAUGAAGAAAGAUGGUGUUAGGCCAAAUGGGCAUUGCUUGGUGACUGCUUUGAAAGCUUGUUCUUUGAGUUUAGAUUUGUUUUUUGGGACACUGUUGCAUGGAGAAGGUGUUAAAGUUGGGGUAUUGUUGGAUGUUUUUGUUGGGUCUUCCCUUGUUGAUCUUUAUGCGAAAUGUGGUGAGAUGGAACUCGCCGAGAGAGUGUUUGUUUACAUGGAUAAAAAGAAUGUUGUGUCAUGGAAUGCAUUGUUUAAUGGUUAUGCACUAAAGGGUGAUGCAGGAAAGGUUUUGAAUUUGUUUGAAGGGAUGACGGAAUCUGAAUUGAGAUGUAGUAAGUUUACUUUGUCAAAUGUGCUCAAGAGUUGCACAUAUUUGGGAAACUUAACACGGGGCUCGAUAGCACAUUCUUUGGUGAUUAAGACUGGUUGUGAGCAUGAUGAAUUUGUUGGUUGCUGCCUUCUUGACAUGUAUUCAAAAUGUGGACUGGUUGAGGAUGCACUCAAGGUCUUUAAAAGGAUUCAAGAACCCAACAUAGUUGCCUGGAGUGCAAUGAUUGACUGCCUUGAUGAGCAAGGCCAGAUUCAAGAAGCAGCUGAGAUGUUUUGCCUAAUGAGACACAAAGGGGUAAGCCCCAAUCAGCAUACUUUUUCCAGUAUUGCUGGUGCAGCCACUAAUUUGGGUGAUCCGCUUUUUUGUGAAGGCAUUCAUGCGUGUAUAAUUAAACAUGGCUUUGAAUCUGAAAACGUUUUAAGCAAUGCACUUAUUUCCAUGUAUAUGAACAUCAGGUCUGUCCAAAAUGGUUGGCAGGUGUUUAAGGAAAUGAGUUCAUGGGAUUUGGCUUCAUGGAAUGCCCUUCUUUCUGGACCACUUGAUGAUAAAACUUGUGAUCAGGGACCAAGUAUCUUUCACAAGAUGCUUGCAGCAGGUUGUAGGCCUGAUAUCUGCACCUUUACUAGCAUCCUAAGAUCUUGUUCCAGCCUCCUAAAUCUAAAAUUUGGGCAGCAAGUGCAUGCUCACAUAAUAAAGAAUGGCCUAAAUGAUAAUAACUUAGUGGGAACAUCUCUUAUUGACUUGUAUGCCAAAAAUAGAUUCUUGGAGGAUGCAGAGCUACUUUUCAGUCAAUUGAUUGAGAUCGAUCUUUUUUCGUGGACAGCAUUAAUUGCUGGUUAUGCUCAAACUGAUUGUGUAGAGAAGGCUAUCAAGUGCUUCAAUCAGAUGCAAAGACAAGGUGUGAAACCCAAUGAAUUCACUCUUGCUACCUGUUUGAGUAGUUGCUCUAAGAUGGCAAUGUUGGAAAAUGGGCAGCUGCUUCAUUCUAUGGCGAUUAAAGCUGGGCAUUCAGUGGACCUGUUUGUAUCAAGUGCUCUUGUAGAUAUGUAUGCCAACUGUGGCUGCAUAGAAGAAGCUGAAUCUGCUUUCCAGGGCAUGGUGUCAGCAGAUGUCGUAUUGUGGAACACAAUGCUUUUUGGAUACUUGCAACAUGGGCAAGGAUUGAAAGUCUUGGAAACUUUUAGGACAAUGUUGGAUGAAGGCCUUGAGCCAGAUGAGGUUACAAUCAUUGGAGUUUUAUCUGCAUGUAGUUAUAUGGGCUUGGUUGAAGAAGGGAAAGAGCACUUUGACUCUCUGACCAAUGUUUAUGGAAUAAUACCUACAAUUGAGCAUUAUGCCUGUAUGAUUGAUAUUUUAGGUCGAGCUGGAAAAUUUAAUGAAGUUGAAAGCUUUGUCAAGGACAUGAAGGUUACAUCAACUGCCUUGAUUUGGGAGACGGUUCUUGGGUCUUGUAGAAUGCAUGGAAAUGACAAAUUAGGUGAUAUUGCUGCAGAGAAACUCUUCGAGCUUGACCCUGAUACAGCCUCCCAUUACAUAUUACUAGCAAAUAUUUUUGCUGCCAAGGGUAGGUGGGAUGAUGUCCGUAGGGUCAGGGCAUUAAUGACCAGUCGUGGUGUUAAGAAAGAAUCUGGGUGUAGUUGGGUGAUGGUCAGUGGUCAACUGCACAUCUUCGGGUCUGCAGAUGGUUCGCAUCCAAUGAGCAGGGAAAUCUAUACGAAAUUGCAGGAGCUUGUACAGAAGGUUAGUUUAGCAGGUUAUGUGCCUAAGACAGAACAUGUACUCCAUAAUGUUAGCCACAGAGAAAAAAUGGAACAGCUCUUUUAUCAUAAUGAAAGGAGUGGCAUUUGCUCAUGUCAAGAUUGGUGGUGAUUUUGCUCUAGUCAUCCAGCAAAAAGGUUCUGUCUCCUGGAUUUUCUCAAAAUCUCCAAGUUGAUUACGACGUGGAGUCAUCUUUGUCUGAGCACAUUAGGAUCUGGAGGCACUUGAGGAUCAUUAGCUAUCAAUAUCUCGUGUUCAAAUUAAGGCUUCUGAUCUUAGUCACAGGGAGCCAAAUCACCUCGUUGCUUAUCACUACCAAGGCCAUUGUUAAUGGUGCUUCAAAUGGUCCUCUGAUUUUGGGGAAUGUCCUGCAUUGGCAAGUGAUUAGAUUGGCAUCCAGAUUUGCAAUGUUGGAUGUUGCAGUGAAUGUUUAUGCAAGAUGUAGAAGUUUCAGGUCUUCCUGUCAGUAUACAUUGCUUCCUUGUGUUCAUUUAUGCUUUCUUUUUAUUUGCACUGUGUUUAUUAGAUCUUUUUCUCUUUACCGUUUCCUUAGAGGUUAGGGUGAUUUUCUGAUUCCCUGAGACAGGGAUAUGUUGGAGAAUUCAUCAUGGCCUUGCAGGUUGGUGAAUUUGUAGAUUUCUUGCAUUCUGAUAAUAUUAACCCAUCCCUUCUAAUCUGACCUUUACUUUGAUGUGUCACCAGUUUAACAAGCUGGACGUGAAAUGAUACUUGAUCAUCUGAGUAAGUAUGGUAGGACCAUCACAUUUGGCUUCACUCUUCUAUUGCAUGUUGGGAGGUUUAUUCGAAGAUGACUACUUCUGCUGCGAUGGAAGUUUCUGAUCUGUAUCACAUGCAAAGACUGACAUUCUUCAACAUCAAGUAAUCCGGAUAUAAACGAAUGCUUACGCGAUCAUAAAUCAACGCCUUGAUAAAGUUUUUCUCGGUAUGUACCCAAAAGGAACACAGAUGUUGUUUUCAUAACGAGCCAAGUUUGAAUGAUUUUUCUCCCAUUGAUGCCAGUGACUUUGAAGAGCAACGAAGCUGUUCCGGGC